GAGGUGAGUGGCUCAGUGGGCUCAGUCCCUGUGCCUGUGAUCGGCCGGUUCAAGGCCCGACCUUGGUAGAAUAAUCUCAUGUCCUUUUGGCACUGAUCAUCUUAAUGCUGACCUCCUCCUGGAAUGUGAAAUGCUGCUAAAUGCUUAGCCUGACAACGUGAGUGUCUGAGGGAGGGCUAAAGUCUGCUAGAAUUAAAGUGCCAUUUCUAUUUUCUGAGAUCAGCCACACUUGGCUUCACACAAUUGCUUCUGUAUUCUGAUAUGCAAGUGAUUUAUAUCAGUAACUACUAGCCAUUGUUUGUCCACACAUGCAAUCUGCUACCUUUUUUCCAUUCCGUAUAUGGAGGCUUUAGAUUGAUAUAUGGACUGCUAUCUACACUAUUUGCAUAUUAAAUAAGCUCUCCUUUCUUCACUGUAAUCACCAUUUUAAUUUUUGUAAAUCAUGAAAUAUCUCAGGCAUGUGGUAUGAUUAGUUCCUGUUUUUUUUAAGUACCCGUUUUAUUUCUGCAUCCUCUUCUACAGUACAAUUAUGGCAUUGUUCUGAUUACAGGUUAACAACGAAGUACUUGACUCAGAAAACAAAGGAUUCUCUCUUAAUUUGCAAUUUGCAUUUGUCCAAAGACCAAUCUACCCAGUUCACUUUGUAUCACAAUUUAAACAAUAGAAGAAAUGUACCUGAGAGUUAAUAAAUUGUAUGAUUUAAUUAGGUUGAAAUUUAACAUGUGCAUUCAUUUAUGUAUGAACCCCUUUAAAUGAUGACAUAACUGGUUUAUUCCUUUAUUAACCCUUGUAAAAUAUUCAUACAUGUGAUCUCAGGUAGAGCAGCAAAUUCAAUAAAAACAUACCCCUUUUAUACAAAAAGGAUGAUGGGUGACUGAGCCUGGGCUUCUGAAUUAUAUCUCUGUUCGGAUCUGCACCAGUUUUAAUUAGUGACUUUAAUAAACCACUUUAUUAAAAGUGCACUUAUAAAUCUUGCCCCAGCCUUCUAAAGCUGUGUUUUGCAGAGAAUAACCCAGCAGGCAAGGUUUACACAGUUAUAAUAAUAUCCUAUGGCUGCCAUUGUGUACAUAACAUGCGCGAGCACACACACAGAGACCUGUACUCGUAUCUUUGUGGGGACUGUCCAUUCGUUUCUAUGGGCAAGGCCCUAAUUCCAGUAAUGACAGCCUUAAACCCUACUCAGCCCUAACCUUAACCGUAAGUAACCAAAAAAAAUACAAGAUAUUAUACUGUGGGAAAUUUCAUAAAAAAUAUGGGUGACGUGCACAUCUAUGAAAAGUGCACUUUGAUUUACCUGGUGCAGAAGUACGCAUUAAUGCAGUAUGACCCAUGAGGGUGUUCCUACUGCUGACAAGAACAACUUGUUCAUAAAAUGGCUGCUUCUCUUUCAACAGCAGUAGUGGUGCUAAUGAGCAUGCCCAGUGCUAUGUCAGGGAAGAUUUGUUGGAGAGCUUGGUCAUGUGACCUUACUGAGCUCUCUGCUCGUGUGUAGUGCUCCCCUGUCUUCCCCAAUCAAUGGAAAGUCUCUGGGUAGACCAGGUGCUAUUGGUAAAUGGGGGAAAAGCUGUAUGUCUAGGAGCCCUUCACACAGCGAACACUCUGUAUGCAGUCGCACCCCUUCGCCUGUUGCUGGGCCAAACCAGGUGCGGACGGGUGAGCGGACAUGUCCAGCAGCGAGGUGGAGCGAAACGUGACCCCUGAGAGCGGGGGAGAGGGGCAGGGCUCCCCCCCGCUGCAGGCCAACCUCUGGGAGAACGGCCACCCCCACGGCUCCAUCACAGGCAGCAACGGGCUGGUGCUUAGCCAGCCGCAGGAUGGAACCCCCACGGCCAGGAGCGCUCGCUCGCCGGCCGCCGUCUGCUUGGCCGGACGUGCUGCCAAGUCGCUAUCGUCCCCCUCAGUGCAGACCCCGGGCCCCGACCCGGGCAGGCGGGCAGUCGCGGCAGGAGCGCAGGAAGCAAGAGUGGAGAACGGAGGCACUCAGGAUCCCGUACCGCCGGUUAGGGUGUAUCGAGCACGGAAGACCAUGGCCAGACCUGCCUGCAGCCAGACCACCCUUAAGCUUUUAAGCCGGGAGCCAAAAGAGUCAAACAGCGUUAGAGAGGAGAGCCGAGGGGUGCUGGAGCUGCAGCUGGAGCUGGGGAGGCCUCAGCAGGUGUCUACUUCCCAGAAGCAGCCACGUCCGAGCCAGGGGGCCCCGGCUGCCGUCCCCGGCAAGACACACACAGACAACCCCAAGAAAAUUCCCACAGCAGCCGCUGUGACUCGUAAGAAAAGGAGGAAGAUGGGGACGUACAGCCUAGUACCUAAGAAGAAAACCAAAGCGCUGAAGCAAUGCUCUCUAAUAGAGAUCUUCAAGAACGUCGCUCAGCCCUCAGCUCCUACUCAGAAAGAGAGCUUGUAUGUCAAUGGAGAUGAGGCUGAGAAUGAUUUUGAUGAGGAGUCUGAAGAUGGAGAAGAUUCGGAGACAGGAGAUCAAACAAGGGAGCAUGUUGGGGUCAGGGAGGAGGAGGGACGUGGUGCUCUCCCAGAAGGCAGUGGGGCAGCUGAGAGUGCACACCAGGGGCUGGGUGGAGAAGAUCAAAAAUCUGGAGAAUCUGCUGAAGAUGGUGAUGAGGAAGGGAACGACUCGGACAUGAGCUCAGAGACUUUCCUGAAGAAGAAGCUGAAGAAAAAAGGAAAGAGUGACAAUCCUUGGCUUAGACCAUCUAGGAAGCGCAAGCGGAAACUCAAAACUAAGACUGAAUGCAGUUCUGGAAAUGAGGUUGAAACUCAGGCCCAAGUCAGUGGCACCAAGGAAUACACAGAGCUGCCCCUAGAAUCACUGGACCUGAAAGUUCAGGAGCUCUUCCUCUCCCAGCGGACAGAUUUACCCGGUGGUGUGGAGAGCAUAGGGGAGGACAUGGUGCAGGAAUUGCCCCUGUGUAGCUGCCGCAUGGAGGCCCCGAGGAGCCGCGAGAUCCUCACGCUGGCCGACAGGAAGUGCAUGGCCACGGAGAGCAUGGAUGGGAAGCUCAGUCUGUGUCAGAGUACCGUGGUAAAGUCUGAGAUGAUGAGGCCCUCCAACAUGGUCCAGCUGCUGGUGCUGUGUGAGGACCACCGUGCUGGCAUGGUCAAGCACCAGUGCUGCCCCGGCUGCGGCUAUUUCUGCAGGGCGGGAACAUUCAUGGAGUGCCAACCAGACAGCAACAUCUCGCACCGCUUUCACCGGACCUGCGCCUCCGUGAUGAACUGCCAGACCUUCUGCCCUCACUGCGGAGAGGAGGCCAAUAAAGCCAAGGAGGUUACAAUUGCUCAGGCAGACACCACCUCUAAAAUGCCCUUAACCCUUGGCCCUGUGAAAGUUACCCUCCCUGAAAGCAAAGCAGACACCACCUCCAGGAUGGCCUCAGCCCCUGGUCCUGAGAGGGGCCCCCUGUCUGAGGGCAGGCCUGAUACCACCACUGGAGGAGGUGAGGAAAAGGCCACCAGCCCAUCACCUAAGACCCCCGAUACAUCUGAGACCAUUCCUCUUAAUGGGUCAAAGGUCGAGUCUCUGGUUUCUGCGGCGGCACUGGGAACAGGCAACGAAAGUCUGGAGAACAUUCUCCUGGUCUUGGAUGCUGAGAAGCCUAAAAAGCUGAGGUUUCACCCAAAGCAGCUGUACCUCUCCGCCAAGCAGGGGGAACUCCAUAAAGUUAUUCUGAUGCUGGUUGAUGGAGUUGAUCCAAACUUCAGGACGGACAGCCAGAGGAAGCGCACGGCCCUGCAUGCGGCAGCAGAAGCUGGUCACCAUGAAAUUUGUCACGUCCUGAUUCAGGCUGGUGCCAACCUGGAAAUGUGUGAUGAGGACCAAAGGACGCCCCUGAUGGAUUCCUGUGAGAACAACCACCUGGAGACCGUUGGGUAUCUGCUGAGAGCUGGGGCCAACGUGAAGCAUAAGGAUAUGGACGGCUCUACCUCAUUACACCUUGCUGCUAAAAGAGGACACCACAAGAUUGUGGAACAUCUCCUGUCCACAGGGUUGAUCAACAUCAACUGUCAGGACGACGGUGGAUGGACUCCUGUGAUCUGGGCCACGGAGUACAAGCAUAUCGAUCAAGUCAGACUGCUGCUCUCUCGGGGGGCCGAUGUCAAUAUCAGAGACAAGGAGGAGAAUAUCUGCCUGCACUGGGCGGCCUUCUCCGGUUCCAUGGACAUCGCCCACAUCCUGCUGGACGCCAAGUCUGACCUGCAUCCCGUCAACGUGCAUGGGGACUCACCACUGCACAUCGCAGCUCGAGAGAACCGGCUGGACUGCGUGGAGCUCUUUCUGUCACGUGGAGCCGACGUUAACCUGAAGAACCAAGAGGGGGAGACCCCUCUGGAAUGCAGCAGUCCGGGCUCCUUGGUGUGGUUGGCUCUGCAGACCAAUAGGAGACUGAAGGAGGCGGGGAGUAGAGCGGGACACCUGCAGGAGAGGCUCCUCAGCAGGGACAUCUCACGGGGUUAUGAGAACGUUCCGAUCCCGUGCGUAAAUGCAGUGGACUCUGAGCCCUGUCCAGACAACUACAGGUAUAUGCCAGACAACUGCGUGACCUCGCCACUGACCAUCGACAAGAACAUCACACACCUACAGUACUGCGUGUGCAAAGACGACUGCUCCUCUGCUCACUGUAUGUGCAGCCAGCUCAGCCUGGGCUGCUGGUAUGACAAGGAGGGUCGACUGCUGAGUGAGUUCAGCCGGGAGGAACCACCACUGAUCUUCGAAUGCAACCAUGCAUGUUCUUGCUGGAGAACCUGCAAGAACCGUGUGGUGCAGAACGGGUUCCGGGUCCGGCUGAAGCUCUUCCGCACGAGUACCAUGGGCUGGGGGGUGCAGACGCUGCAGGAUAUCCCCCAGGGAACCUUCGUGUGCGAGUAUGUGGGAGAGAUCAUUUCUGAUGCUGAAGCUGAUGUCAGGGAAGAUGACUCGUACUUGUUCAACCUGGACAAUAAGGUAGGCGACGUCUACUGUGUCGAUGCCCGAUUCUACGGCAACAUCAGCAGAUUCAUCAACCACAUGUGCGAGCCAAACUUGUUUCCUGUGCGAGUGUUCACCACGCACCAGGAUCUCCGCUUCCCGCACAUUGCAUUCUUCGCGAGCAAGAACAUCAGUGCCGGAGAUGAGCUGGGUUUUGACUACGGUAAUCACUUCUGGGAGAUCAAGAGCAAGUACUUUGCCUGCCAGUGCUCUUCGCCGAAAUGCAGACACUCAGCAGCCGCUAUCGCCCAAAGACAAGCGGACGGCAGGUCCGGGAGCCGGCCGGCCGGUGCAGUGCCUGACACCAGCUCCUCCACUGCCCCCUCCAGCCCUUGCUGAGGGUCCCCAUAUCCUGCAGUGUGAAGCAGGAGUCGCACCGAAGCCCAAACAAGUCCCACUGCGGGUCUGGCUGUCUAACCUGGGCCAUGACAGACUUGAGACUUCUGAACUUCUCUGGUCCUGAUCGCAGUUCAUUUGUUUCCCCGCCAACGGAGACAAGACUUGGGAACAAAGCACUGCGCUUGAUUACUUAUUAGAGGAGGAAUUAUAGCAUAAUGCUUUAUUCAUUAGCAUUCCUGGUGGAAACUUCUGGAUGGAAAAGAGGGUACAUCUAUUUUUAUUAGUGUGUGUAUAUAUAUAUUUUUUAACGCAGUAGGUUUUGUUUUGUUUUAAAAACUUCAUAGCCACCCCAGUUUUCAAGCUUUCCUAAGCAUCGAUUUCAUUGGUGGAAAUGACAUGAAGCAUUUGAUCACUCCCUCCCAUAUUUCUGUGGCUUCUUGUAUAAAUACUGAUAGUAUUUAUGGCAGACAUUAUAUGAUCACUUGCAUAUCCGAUCUGCCUGCAAUUACAGGUAAAGCCAUCACCUUACACAUGCUCGUGCAUUGUGGGUAGAAAAAUGGAGAAUACUUCGCACAUGCCAGUGAAGGUGGCGCCGUUUAGCAUGUCAGACUAUCUGCUUGCAGGUGUGGUUGACUGUUACUAGCACAGAACUGUAUAAAACGACAGGAUCAGACAAGCACUCUCUCAAAUAUGAAACUAAAGGUUUAAAAAGGCACAUGAGAUUAGGGUCAUGAAACCAGUUUUCCUGGAAGUUGAAUAUGAAAAGAUAUCGGAGCUGACAGUGUUGUGUAUUUUUAAUACUGGUCUAGCAUUCAGGCUGUAAGAGGAGCUCUUUUUUACGUUUCAAUUUACUGCCAGUUUUCUAAUAUAGUGUCAGCAUCCAUUUUACAUAAUUUUAUGUUUUUGGCAAGCCAGACUAUUUCCAGAAUAAUUUUAUUUUGGUUAGUGUGUUUUCCAUGUGCAUACAGCUACGUUUUAUUGUCAUGUACUUCAGGGGAGUAAAGUAUAAUUCAUGCCAUUGGCUGUAUCUUUCAUUUUUCAAUAAAUUUGCUACUCUGAAGCAUG